UUUUUCUUAGUCUCGUCAAUCGCGCUGCGCCGGGAUGCUUCGACUGUCCCCUCGCUCAAACCGUGACGUACGCAAGUAAAACUUGUGCUUGCCCUCUUUUUGCCCACUGCCCAUUCAGAAUUUGCGACUCGUCUCCGAGCCGAUCGGAAGUUUAGGGGGCCACUUUCGUUCUAGAGCCCCGAGCGUACAACAGUUCUCUUGCGGCCGACAACGAAUCGCGUCCGAUUACCUUCCUUGAUUUAUCAGCACAACCCGUUCGAACUCCCUAGCCAUGCCCGCUAAGGCAAGCAAUGGUGCUGCCGCCGUCGCACCGGCAACGUCGACCGCCAAGCGUUUCGAACUUCCCGCCCUGGAAUUCACGUUCGGAUCCUUAACUGACGGCACUGACAUUCCACCGCCGCUACCAUCUCCUAAGGAGGAGGCUCCGUCACCGCCGAAGUCACCGAGACCUCAACCGAUCGAUGUCGAGAAAAAGCCGGAUGUAAAUGGAACCGCUAAUGGUCAUGGUACAGCCCCCAACAAGCCCGAACUCACCGCAAUUCCGGCCAGCAUUGGUAUGAAGCGUCUUGCAGAGGAUGUUCCGGCAUCACCUACGCUGUCAAGCCGCGGAAGCCUCAGACGCCUGCUUAGCAAAUCAUUAUUGAACCACGCUUACGAUGAACAAGGAUCAAUGCUUAGCCCGGGCACCUCCAGACCUCCGAGCCGGACGGCGAGCUCUAUUAUGGAUGAGAGAAAGUCAAAGCGGUCUAGCGGCUGGUUCAAACGAUUACGGACGAAUGACCACGCCAGCAAGAGAACCAGUCAAAUCUUCGAGGAACCGAAGAAGCCGCUAGGUCCGCCCCCGCCGAUGAUCCCCGAGCUGAGCGCGCUUGAAUCCAAGGUCGACACUCAUCUAGGGGACGACCUAUUUAAGGAAAUUAAGUAAGAAAUUACACCGAAAAGAUCGAUAUCCCGUUUUCGACCAUGCUCUGGUUAUAACUAUCUUCGACAUUUCGCGGACUUUGGAUACCAAUUUUCAAACCACUUGCCAUAAUCAUCCGACGGCAAAGUAAUAUUUCAUCUCAUCAUUGAUACGACGAUUAUUUCGAUGCGAGAGGAGGAGGCGUUGCUUUGAAGAAAAGCUUUAUG